CCGUCCGCAGUACUUAUACCGCCAACGCCCGGGACACGUCGCACGGCCCUCUCUCUACACCUCUCUGAGUUCUCCCCUACCAUCUGCCAGCCAUGCGGCUGCUCCAUACCCUCCUCGUAACGCUCAGCGUCUUCUCGCUCUACGUCUUCGCGCAGGCCGACUCGGACGCACCGAAGCAGAGGCACGCGUAUCAGAGUGACGUCGCCCGUCUCCGGAAGAUCGUCAUUAACAGUCUCUAUUCGCAUAGAGAUGUCUUCCUCCGUGAACUGAUCUCCAACGCAAACGAUGCCCUCGAGAAGCUCCGACUCACGUCCCUCACCGAACCGGAGGUUCUCUCUGGCGCGGAGAGCAUGAACAUUACCAUUAAGGCGGAGAAGGAGGCGGAUGGCACUGCGAAGAUUAUCAUUAGGGACACUGGCAUUGGUAUGACCCCGGAGGAGCUCGCGAACAACCUCGGUACUCUCGCCAAGUCUGGCACCUCCGAGUUCCUCUCGCGGGCCGAGAGUGAUACCUCGAGCAACGGCAAUUUGAUCGGCGCUUUCGGUCUUGGUUUCUACAGCAGUUUCUUGGUAGCGGACCGCGUACAGGUAACCUCACGCGCGGCCAAAUCCUCGAAGAACCCGAAGCCCCAGCAAUACAUCUUUAGCUCCGGCGCCGACGAGAACUCGUAUGAGAUCUACCCCGACCCUCGCGGCGAGACUCUCGGGCGCGGCACGGAGAUCACCCUCUACCUCAAGCCCGACGCGCUAGAGUACGCUGACACGCACACGAUCUCGGAACUGGUUGCCAAGCACUCUUCCUUCUCGACGACGUUCCCCAUCUACAUGCACACCACGCGCACCGAGAUGGUCGUCGACGAAGAGGCCGAAGCCGCCGCCGCCGCAUCCGAGCUCGAAAAGCCCGCCCCCGCUUCAUCCGAUGACCCCAAGGAGGUCGACGAGGACGAAGCCGUCGUCGAGGACGUCAGCGAGGACGCGGAGCCCGCGGCGAAGCGCGAGCCCAAGAUGAAGCCGGUCAGCGUCGAGGAGUGGCUGCAGCUGAACUCGCAGCCGCCGAUCUGGAUGCGCGACCCGAAGACGGUGACGGACGAGGAGUACGAGAGCUUCUACCAGGUCACGUUCAAGGACUACCAGAAGCCGCUCGCGUGGUACCACUUCUCAGGCGACUCGGGCUCGGGCGUGUCCUUCCGCUCGAUCAUCUACGUGCCGGCGCGCCUCGACGACAGCUACUGGCAGAACCCGCUGCAGAGCAUCACGAAGGACAUCCGACUGAUGGUCAAGCGCGUGUUCAUCACGUCCGACCUCGGCGAGGACGCGCUCCCGAAGUGGGCGAACUGGGUGAAGGUCGUCGUUGACGCGGAGGACCUGCCGCUGAACGUCUCGCGCGAGACGCUGCAGUCGACCGCGUUCCUCAAGCAGCUCAAGGGCAUCAUCCUCAAGCGCCUCCUGCAGCUGCUCUCGCGUGUGCAGACCGAGGACGCGGAGAAGUGGGAGAAGGUGCAGGAGACGUUCGGAAAUGUGUUCAAGCUCGGCGCUGUCGAGGACCAUAAGAACCGCGAGAAGCUGUCGACACUUGUGCGCUUCGCGACCAACCAGCGUAACAGCACAUCGCUUGACGAGUACCUCGAGAACAAGAAGCAGGGCCAGAACCAGAUCUUCUACCUUGCGGACAUGGGCAAGAGCACUUCUGAGCUCGCGGGCAGUGUCUUCAUUGAGAAGCUCCACGCGCGUGGCUAUGAGGUCCUGCUCCUGGGUGACCCGCUCGAUGAAGUUUUCAUUACCAACAUCCGCCGCUGGAAGAAGAUCCCCUUCCAGGAUGUUGCGAAAGCGGGCCUAAAGUUCGGUGACGAGGAAAUGAGCCCUGAGGAAGAAAAGGAAGAGCAGGUCCGGCUUACUGAGAAGUUCAAGCCUUUGAUCGAAUGGCUUCGCAAGGAGGUCCGCGAGAAGGGCGCCGCCCGUGAUGUCGUCAUCUCGAACCGCCUCGUCACCAGCUCCUGCGCAAUCGUCGCCGACGAGAGCGGCUACACCGCCAACCUCGAGAAGCUCAUCAGCUCCUCGCACGCGCAGGCGAACCAUAAGCACAUGAUGGACUUCGCGAAGAAGCAGAAGGUGCUCGAGAUCAACCCGCGCUCGCCGCUCAUCGAGGGCCUCCUCCGGCGCAUCGAGCAGCUCCCCGCCGAGGACUCGGAGGAGGAGCGCGACACCGAGGCGGAGGACGAGCUCAAGGAGGUCGCGACCGUCCUCGUCGACGGCGCGCUCGUGCGCUCCGGGUUCGCCGUCACGGACUCGAACGACUUCUUCACGCGCGUGGACCGCAUCCUGCGCCGCUCGCUCGGCGUGUCCGAGACCGCGCCAACGGACACGACCGUGAAGCCCGCGCCGCCCGUCGACCCGGAGCUGCCGCCGAACGCGGACGAGCCCGAGGUGGAGGAGUUCGCGGACGGGCGCGGGAAGGUCUCGUGGGAGGUCGAAGAGAUCGACGAGUUCGGGAACGUCGUCAAGGACGUCCCCGUCGACAUGAAGGCCCACGACGAGCUGUGAGGCUUUGCGAGGCGUGUCAUGGCUUUGAAGGGGAGGCUCGAGCAGGUUUGCUUGGAGUGUGCUGGAUGUAUCAAAAUUUGGCAGUAACUUAUCGGAAUGGAAUUUUAUUGGAAACAGG